AUGAAUGAAUUGAAAGAUAGUUUCAAAAACAAAUUUAUCAGCAACACUUUUGUUAAUCAGAGUCUCAUUGAUGAAUACUGUGUUACUGAUUCUAAUGGUGUUACUGAGUGUAAUAUUGAAAUUACCGGAAUUGAUCCUACUUCUUACCCUGCACAUCUUGAGAGACCAACUCCUCUCACUGAAAAUAUUAUCGCAUUUCCUAUCUCAAAUGGAGUGUUUCAUGCUGUUCAUGAACAACUUAAACAUUAUCCUGAUUGCAGUGUUGCAGUGCAUAAGUCUAAAUCUGAUAUUGAUGUCAGCUCCUUAUCCAUCACUGAUCAGAGUUCUUCUGACACUAAAUUCAAUUGUAAUUCAAUGUCAAAUAAAAGGACUCAAAGUUCACUUGGUGAAUCUUUCAAAUCCGAAUGGGUUAAAUCUAGAAAUCUGCUCACCAAGAAAAACUUUGCUCAUUCCCCUUCUAUUUUUCAAGAGCUUCUCUCCUAUCCAUCUGAUGAAGUCUCACAUACUGAAGAAGAAGCUGUCAUUCCUGAUCCCAUCAUUCCAGACCCAAGUCCUGUCAAUCAAGGCACUACAAUCAGCACGACAACUUUUUUGUCAGAUGCUGAUGAAACCCUUGAAUCUGAAAACUCUCCUGUAACUGAUGUUCCUUUCAUUGAUAACUCUUCAGCGUCAAACUCAUUUGAAUCAGCUCCAGAACAUCGAGAUCACCCUGUUGAUCAAAUUAUUGGAAAUCUUCAUGAUGGUGUCCAAACCAAAUCUCGUGUAUCUAAUAAUUUUUGCAUAGUCAUCCCAGCUCCAAACUCUCCUCCUCUUCCCAUAUACAUCAAAGCCACAAAUGUCAUCUUCAACCCUGAUAUACCAGAUGUUCAUCACGGUCUUGGAAUUGAUGAUUUUGUCAAUUUUCUAGUAUCUUGCAGACUUCGAUAUGCUAUCAGUGAGGUUCCAUCGGAGGUCUUUCCCGAACAAGUCUGUGAGUUCUAUUACACCGCAACAUUCAAUAAUGAAAACAACAUCAUCUCCGGCACUAUUGGGCAUGGCCGUCGCUCAGUUUUCAUCAACGCUGAUCUCCUCCGUACUGCACUCGGGUUACCAAUUUUUGAACCAUUCUCUGAACUUCCAACUAUUGAAUGCUGUCGAAACUUCUUUGACCAACUGGGCUAUGAUCACUCCAAGGCUGGUCACAAAUCUUGCAGUGGUGAUCAACUGAGUGCUUUUGAGCAACAAGUGGUAUGUUCACUUCUCCUCAACAAACAUGUUGAUUAUGGGGCUUUCUUCUUCGAUAAGCUUGUCCAACUUCUUCGGGCCAAUGUAAGAGCUGAUCAUGUUCCAUUUCCACGCUGGAUUGCUCUUGUCCUGGAUAAAUUUCAUGCUGAAGCCUAUUACUUAGACGCUGGAACCCCCAUCCAAUGCCCACGCAUGUCAGUACGAAUGUAUCAGGAUGAUCCACUGGCCAAUGACAUCGACAUCUCUGAUCGGAUGCGAGAAUGGAUCGUGAAUCCAUAUACCGUUCCUUCAGUAAACGCUGACACUGACAAAGGAGCUGCUGAUAACGACAAAAUUCGUGCUAAAAUACAAGCUGAAAUACAAGACGGUGGUCGUAUCUCCUCUCAACUUUCUCAUCAUACUAUUUCUGUCACUGAAAGGGUUCAUUCAGCUCAUGGGGAGCCAUAUGCUCAGGGGGAGCAACCAUCUUAG